AUUAGACGAAAAUUUCAAUCUUAGCAUAUUAUGCAGUGUGUUUAGCUUCGCAACGGAAAUGGUGCUGUACCCUCACCCAUUAAUUAGUACACGAUGAUCAGGAAACUCCUGAAAUGAUUAUUUGAGAUGGAGACCUUCACUGAUGAUCGACAUGGACCAGGUGAUGAUUUUCAUAAUGGAGAAAAACUUGUAUUUGAUAUUGAUGACUUAGACCAGACUAAAGAUGAUACAUCAAGCAAAGCAAAUACAGAAAGUGCUGGCGUAUUGAAGGAAGACAGAGAUGCUAAUGAGAAUAAAGAAGUUGAGAAGACUUUGGGAUCUGCAGAGCCAGAGGGUGAUGGUGAUUGUGAUGCACCUGUGGAGAUUGUGACAUCCCUUGUAGAUGACAUCGAUGUGGAUAGUGAGUAUAUGUAUAAUAAUUGGUAUAGCAGGAAAUCAGAAGAUGGGAAAACUGAUGAGGAUGCAAGGAGCAACACUUUGACUUUGGAGGAAGAUGAACAGACUCUUGCUUCUGACCAUGCAGCUCGUGAACAUCAAGUUCCGAGAACAAAAUCUAUGCAGGAGAUAAGAUCAGUAGAAAAGGAGAUGGCUGCAUUAGAAGUAUGUGAUAAUGGUGAUGUCUCUGUGAGAGAUGAUAUUGUAAAUGAAACGUUGCAUGUAGAAGAGGCUUUGGAAAUGAGUUCUCGAACUGAUAUCCCGGCCCCUGAUAGAUCAGAUAAUCCUGAUGUUCAGCACAUAGAUAGCUUACUGAAAAGCGCCAAUGCAGAUGUCAGUGCCCACAAGUACAAGAAAGCAGUUGCGAAGUAUGAGGAAGCAUUGGCUUUGGCAACUGAAGUGAAUGAUAAAUUCCUGAUCCAGUCCUGUGCUUGUAAUCUUGGUGCUGUUCUGGUGAUCCUUGGGCAAGCUGACAGAGCGGUCAAGAUCCUCCACCAACAACUUGAAAGUGAUCUUCAGAGGACAAAUGGCAUGGACACCAAUGCUCUAGCCGAUAUCUACUACAAUCUAGGACUUGCAUACGAUGCGAAGGGAGACCCUGGGGGUGCAAUUAAAUGUUUUCAGUGGGCUGUUGGUGAGUUUGAGAAAUGGAAGAAUGACAAGGGUAAAGCCGAUGCUUACAAUCAAAUGGCUGAGCUGGAAGCCAAGCAAGGUAACAUGGACAAGGCCAGAAAGAACUAUGGCAAAGCAGCAGAGUUUUACACCAAAGUUGGGAAUGGACUGAUGAAGGCCAGGAUGCUGGUGAAGGAAGCUCGCAUGCUGAAUGCUCUUGUAGAUGCUGAAAACUUCCAGAGAGUUGUUGUGAGCUGUGAGAAAGCAAGCAAAGAAGUUCUCAAGCAGAAUGAGUCAAAAGGUGUGAUGAUCACUAAAGAGGCCAAACUCUUCCAUGACAUGGCCGUGCUCUGCAAGAAGCUUGGAAACAACGAGGAGGCCCUGAAAUGGUUGCAAGAAGCGUGGAAGAGAUGCAACAGUAGCUCUAUCUCACGUCCUACUCGAGAGGACAUUCGUCUGCAAGCAGCAGUGGCUCAGAGUCUGGCCAGGAUGUAUCUUCAUUCCUUUGAUCUCAUCAAAGCUGUAGAGAUCUAUCAGGAAGCGGCAUCAUUGCAUGGUCUGUUAGAGAACUAUGGAGAGAGAGGCUGGUGUUUCUAUUAUAUGGCUGAAGCAUACAGACAGCUUUGUGAUUAUUCUAAUGCAGAACGAAGCUACCAUGUUGCACAUCAAACACUCACAGAUGCAGGUGACAUAGACCAUCUAUGGAGGAUAUCUGAUGGACUUGGCGAUCUGAAUGUCUCCAGAAACCACCCAGAUAUCGCUACCAUGUACUACAGGGAAGCCCUGGCCAAAGAUGCACCCAUUCACAGUAGGACCAAGUCUUCCACGGAGAGGAUAAUCAAGAAACUCACCAAGUCAUUAGAGACUCAGAAAACCAAUCGACUGAGCUUGUAUGAGACAAGGCAGAGACGAGUACCAAUCAUUGUAGGCUAUGACCCGCGAGGGCCUCCCAUCAUGUAUACAUCAGAAACCAUUCUCGAUGGCAACACCUAUUCAUCCCCACAGUCUGUAUUCAAGGGUAUGGGAGAUAGAUACCCACCAGUAACAUCGACCCCCAAUGGUGCUCCAUCGAGGUUAAGGGUCAGCCAAAGGAUGAGGUCACCGAAUUCACAUAAAGUGAAAUCCAAGAAAAAGAAAAUACUAAGAUGGUCCAGAAAGAAGAAAGGCAAGAGGAAGGGUCAGUCCCUUCUGCCUGUCACAAGGGGUGUUGGUGCUUAUGAUAGUGGAUCUGAUCUGUCUCUUGUCAGCGGCAGUAUGGCAUCUCUCGUCAGGGAAGCUUACAGAGACAAAGGGAAUACAGGGAGAUCAAGACACGACGGGAAGCAAUCUGCUCCUCCACAUCAUUCGAGCAGUGAAGAAGAAAACAGCGAGAGUGAAAGCGAAGAAGAGAAAGAAAACCAGAGCAGUGAUUCUGGUUUCAAGAACAUGUGGCAGAGAGCCAAGGAUCUUGUAUCCAGAUUGCAGUCGGAUUCUGAUGAUUCUGAGCUCAGCACCAGUUCGGAGGAAGAUGAAGGCAUAGAGUCAAAGGAAUCAGUCAAAUUGGAGAACACUUAUGAAGAUCCAAGGCGACUGGGAGACAGCCAUAUAUAUGCUACAAUCAACAGGAAAGGAGCGACUCAAAAGUCCAACACCGAAGAGCCCAUCUACGAGACCCUUGGGGGUGGGACGACCAGAACCAACUUUGGUGCUAGCAUGCCAACCAGGGCUCCCCCUCCCCCAGAGAUACCGAUCAAGAGUCACCCUUCCCUCAACAAGAAGAAGAAGAAGAAGAAAGAGACUGAUAUCAACAAACCAUCAACAUCCUAUGAUGAGGAUGAUGAUGAUUCGUUUACCUCGGUGACAGAGGAUGAGCUAGAGCACUUGGGCGAAUCAACUAAUAUUGAGGACCAAACCAAUUAUCCUACUGUAGCGCGGAUGACAAGGGGUGGAUUGGAGGCAGGUUUAUGGGAGAUUCAAAAGCUUGAACAGGAACGUGAGGAGAUCCGAGUAUCAAACAAGAGCACAACACAGCCACAGGAGACUAGCAAGCAAUCAUCGAGGGUAUGUAGCGUCAUGUAAACGGGGAGUUGACUUUUUAAAAAAAGAGUUCAAAUCUCCUCAUCAUUAUUCCUUGUAAGCUUACCAUCACAAUGAUCUGAAAUAUACCAAACCUUGCAAGUAAUCAUCAAGGUUCUGUUGCAUCCUAUCAUCUCAGAAGAUUUCUAUCAGAAUAAGGUCAAUCCUUGUAUGGUCUCCAGUAGCUCUUUAUCAGUUAUGGAGAUUAAUUUUAUUAAAUUAAGUUUUGCAUUAUUAUUUAUAGUUUUUUUUUAAAUCACAUAUCGAAAUAACAUCUUUACUAAUCAGGGCUUUCAAAGUAUAUUUUCCUUGCUGGGUGGUAAUUCUGUAAAGUAAUUAAGAUCCUAUUUUGUAUGUUCAACCCCUAUUUUUGCCAUUUUUACCUCAGUCUUUGAAAAUUAAUGAUGUACAAAGUGAUAGGAAUGUUAAUAUUUCAGUGAAUAAAGAGCAUUAUCAUACCUUGAACUGGAAAUUUAGUCUGGCUGACUGGCAAGAUACUAUUGAUUUCAGUGUUGGAUAAUUACCUCAUACAAAAGAAAAUAGGAAAUAUGCUUAUUUUCAGUUUGUUUCAUCUGUGCAGAGAAAAAAAAAAUGUAAUAGAUUUCAACAGAGAUAAAAUAUUUUCACUUUUGAUUCGUGAAGUAAUAUGACGCAAACUUUUACUCUCAAUGAAACCAUGUUUUAUUAUUAUUAUUUGUUUGGCGUCACCUGUGCCUGGGAGGCGAAAGGCGAACUGAAUCACUAUGACCCGCAGGUCUCUCCUCCCGAUAUAACUAUUGUUUACUACAAGAUAUCAGUCUGUAUUUAAAAGUCUAAGCAUACAGGUUACUUUGCCCCAAAUGUUACCUUGAAGUUACUAUGAAGGCCACACCUGUUCAUCAUAGGGGGGGGGGGGUAUAUAUAUAUAUACACUGUACAUUUGAAGUAUGGUGUGGCAGGGUUAAGGAGGUCCUAGGGGACCCAUUUAAAAAACAGGUUUGACAGGUCUUUCUUAACCCGUUGCCUCCGAGAUUCUUUGAAUCCAAUACGUUUAACACAGGGACCACCCGGUUCCAGUAAGCAACGGGUUAAAAUUGAAAAUGAAUCUGUUAGCUGAGAAACUUUCUAAUAUUAGGGAAAUGUUACAUCAUCUGACCCCAAAGUAGUUGGUUAUUUGGUUUAUUGAAGGUCAACCUACGCAGGAUUGGUAUUAACUUGUGUUUGAUUAAGAUAUUUAUUUUGAAAAGGAGUGAUGUUUUAUGUAAAGAUUAAUAUGUUGUGUCUUCAAUUCACUGCAGAUAUAACAAUCACCUUGAAUACACUUCACUUUACUUUUUUCACCAAGUGCAUCAUAAACAUUUUAUUCAGUGCAAAAAUCAUGUAUGAAAUUUAUAAUAAAUUUAUGUGUGGCUGAAGGUGUGUUUUUAAUGGCUGUAAAUAUGAAAAAAAUUAACAUUUUUUAUGUAAUGUAACAAAGUCUUUGUGCAAUCUUCAUUCCUUUUAUAAUUCUUUCAUAAUCACGUUGCCUUUUGAUUUAACAUUCACAGCUUGAUGUAUUGUAAGCUGAUAUUCAAAGAUGUAUUUGAUAUUGCUCAUUUAUCAAAAGAACUGCAGCAUUGUGGUUUUUAUAUUUGAAUAUUAUGAAGACACAUCUGCAGUGUUUUUUCAAUGUAGAGAGGAUCUCUUUGGUUUCUCACAAUCAUUCCCUAACUUUUUGAAUUAUUGAUACCUUGAAAGCAGUACUUAUUUUACACAUUAAAUAGGUAAUCAUGUUUUUAUUCAAACUCGCUGGGGAAUUUGGUCUUCCAAUCACUAAGAAUAUUAUUUUAAUAUACAUGUAUUAUAAUGUUAGCAUUUAUAUGAUUUACCCCCUCCCUUCUUUUUUGUCAUUUGCGAGGUUCUGUGUAAUGUUGAAAAAGAGGAAAGAAAUGAAAUAAAUAUCUGUAAUGUUCCAUAACUUUCAAAAAGUCAAAUGCUCUUCUAUAAUAUUUUUUGUUGUAAUAAAUUCUAAAUUUUGUCUUUCAUUUUAAUUCAUGGUAUUUCAAAUCAAAUUAAGAAUGGUACUUGCCAGUUGAUGAAAUUUGUUUUAGGAUAAGCAGAGCAUAGAUGUAGGAUAUUGAUAUGAAAUCAUACUUCAAAUAAUUUUUGUAUUUCAUGGUUUUAAGAUUACAAGCCACAUUAUUAAGAUAAGUGUAUGUCAUAAUAUAACUUGACUCAAUCAUUCUGCUACAGUUCAGAAAAUAUGAUCACAUUCCUCAAAUUUGAUAAAAUAUUUGCUCCCAUUUCUUAAUUUGAUGACUAUACUAUUUAUUCCUUUUAUAUUUUUCAAAGAAGAAAAAAAUAUUGUAUAUCAUUUCUUUAUGAGAUAUUUGAAUUUUCAUUUUAAUUUCCAGGUAAAUUUCUUCUUUGAGAAUUAUAGUAACAAGUGAGUGCUCUAUAGGGUUGAUGUUUUACUUAUUUGAUUUAUUUUUUCAUGGCUUUUGUUAUCUUAAGGAAAUUUAUUUCAUUUCAUUCCAUUCAUUCAUUUUUUAGAUAUAUAUUUCUAAUUUAGAUUCAUAUAUUGCUUUGUGAAAAUUGUGUAAAUUUACCUUUGCAUAUUAAUAACUAGGCUGUAAUAUUUGUUAUUUUGAUGUUUUUUUAAGCUUUCAUCAUACUUUAUGCAAAAUUAUCUGAUUCCAUUCACUGACACUUUUAUACAUCCCAUUCAUUUGGGUUUUUUUUCUACAAGUUAAUGAUGUUAAGUCAGUACUCUAUGUGAAUGCUAAAUAUUACUUCAGAUAUCGAAAGCUUAGGGGGCCUAAGGGGGUUUAAUUUUCAGUUUAUAUCAUUUGUUUCUCUUAUGCAAAUUUCUUUUAUGCAAAUUUCUUUUGAUUGAAUUUUUAUACAUCUAAUUUACUUCAAUUUUGAAUUAAUAUGAUGUACUUUUUGAUACAUAAUAUAUGUCAGUUAUUUAUUUUUCUAUUGAUUCUCUCUCAAUUUAAUUUUGUCUGAUAUUAAUGCUUGUGCAUUUAAACUUAAUGUAUGAUAGGUUGGAGACCAAAUAUAUCUUUUAGAUUUUUGUAAUAGGCAAUCUAUUCGACUCCUUUCCAUUCCUGGUAUAUGUCAUGUCAAAUUAAAUUAAUGAAAGAGAAUGUGGACAAUCAAUUUAGAACAAGAAGGGUAUUAAAGUAGAUGGUAAAAAUACAACAAUAGUACAUUGCACUUUCGUGGUAUGAAGACACAGACCCUAUGGUUUGGACAUAUAGCAUUGUACACUGCCGCUAGUCUGAUUGGCCACAUAAUUACAUCCCUCGCUUGCCAGAUAUACAUCUCGCAUGCCACAUUCUAGGUUAUCUACUUGAAUGUUAUCUUGUUCAAUUCCCUUUUUGCUCUGAAUAAACAUGCAAUCAUUCCGGGAUUAGAACUUUAAUCAGAUACUAUAUCAUUUGUAAUACUUUCCUCGGCAAAAUUUACAGUUUCUUGGUCAAUCAAACCCAACGAUUUAAUAACUGGAGUGUAACUUUGUUGAAUGAUAACUUGUCACGGACAUUGAGCUGCUACACUUAAUGGGUAUAAAAAAGUCAAAUUAUCAAAGUAUGAUUCAAACAUCACAAGAUUGUUUCAUUAAGUCAUUAUGGUUAUUACAAUUCUAGACACCCUUCAAACACAUUUUUCAAGUAGAUUCAUGUUUCUAUUCUUAAAUGUACUGUGAAUAUAAUUUUACAAGAUUAGAUUAUGUGAAAUUACAUAUAUGAUUUGCUGUGAUCUGAAUAAAUCACCUUGAUAGCCAGGUAUUGAGAUUUCUUUUA